GCCUGACACCUGGAGAGACUCGGCACUGAAUAGGUGGUAUAGGGCCGACAUCUUCCAACGUGGGAUUGUCUACGGGGUACCCAGAGUGUGCUUGAACACCAACCAUCCAGUCUUAUCUAAACUCUCCUUCCAUUCACAGGGGGAGAGCUGACUGGCCUGGAAGACUAGGAGGGACUUGAGAGCUGCAGCAUUUAUCUGUAUUAAUCCUGUGGAUGUUGGACAAACUGAGCGUGCAUGGCGCUGGCCACAUCUUCCAUAUCAGAGGACUCAGUCCAGUUGAGAAUAUUUAAGAUCAUUGUAAUUGGUGAUUCCAACGUGGGCAAAACAUGCUUAACUUUCCGCUUUUGUGGGGGUGGCUUCCCAGGAAGCAGCGAGGCCACCAUUGGGGUGGAUUUCCGUGAAAAGACGGUUGAGAUUGAUGGUGAAAAGAUCAAGGUCCAGGUUUGGGAUACAGCUGGUCAAGAAAGAUUUCGCCAUAGUUUGGUGGAACAUUAUUAUCGGAAUGUCCAUGGAGUUGUCUUUGUCUAUGAUGUAACCAAGCUGAGUUCUUUUCACAAUCUUCGUACGUGGUUACAGGAGUGUGAGGGUCAUGCCGUGCCAGCCUUAGUGCCGCGAGUUCUUGUUGGUAAUAAGUGUGAUCUGCUGGAACAAGUGGAGGUCCCUUCAGGACUGGCCUUGAAUUUUGCCAAAGCCCAUAAAAUGGUUCUCUUUGAGACUUCAGCCAAAGACCCAUCACAGGCCAAGAAUGUGGAAAAAAUCUUCAUGUCGCUUGCUUGCCAGCUGAAAGCCCAGAAAUCCUUGCCAUACAGAGGAAGUAACAGGCCACAUAGUUCCAAUGAAAGAGAUGUAGCAGGGGUGACAAAAAACAUAUGUCCGUGUUAAGAAGAUAUGGGGAAGAUGCAUUCAGUUGAAGUCUCCUUGCACUCUAUAGUCUCUAGGAAAUAACUCCCAGAUUAUAUUAUGUUUUCGAAGAUAGUCAGUGGUCCUAAAAGAACUAAAAUCCAGUGUGCUGCAGAUAGGAACUGGCUUCACUUUUCCCAGUUUGGUAUUGCUAAACCAUUUAGACAUGAACAAGCAAAAUAAUGGGCAUUAACUGUGUGACUGAAAGCUGCCAGCUGCAUAAUGAGCUUGGCUGGUUUUCCUUAAUAAGAGGCUAAAGGUCAAGAAUAAUACCAAUUUUCCUAAAACACAGUUACGCUUAAUGAACUGCCAGUUUUAUUAUUAUCCUUAGUCUACCUCCUAUACCACAUGAAUUUUAUUUAUUCUUUUUCCUUUUUCAGUGCUCUCCUUCCACUCUAUUCCCAGAAUUAAAUGUAGGAAGAUAAGGUGAGUGGAGGAAAGCAGGAGAUCAAUUUGUUAGACUGCAAGAUGUAUAGUGUUAGAAUUUUUCAUAGAAGUUUUAUGAGUGACACCCAGGGGCAUAACUACAGACAAAGCAGACCAUUUGGCUGCAGGGGGGCCCAGGAGGUAUAGGGGGCCCACAAGGCCCCUAAUUAGUAAGCAAUUUCAACAUAUAUUGGUUAAAAGGUCAACCUCUGGAUAUAUUGGGGGGCCCUAAAAUUAAUUUCCUGUGGGGCCCAGUAACAUGUAGUUACGUCACCGGUGAUAAUAUUCAAAGAUGCAUAUUAUUCACAAUGCAACCCAAAUCAGUCAUAAAGACGAAAUGUAUCUAAAUUUAACCUAAAUUACAAAAAUAAAUUUACAUUUUUUAUUGGUUCCUAUAGACCCAAUUCAAUCUGAAUUGGGAAGCAGUCUUUUUAGAUAGCUAAUUUAGUAUCAUCUGCAAAAAUAGUAAUUGGACUUUCAAUACCCACCUUCAGAUAUUCUGUUUUUUUGUGUAUUUUAAAAUCCGAAAAAUUUAAUUUAUACAGAUUUAGAAAUGCAUUCGAUAUUACUAAAUUGCUGUUGUAAUGCACAGGCCUGACCAAACUCUGACAUAUUUCAAUCCAUUUAAUUCUUAUUAGUUCUACAAAAAAUAUUUUCUUACUUAUGGGAAUUUUCUUAGCGUUCAAUGGCUCAUUUUUAUUCCUAUUGUGUAAAUGUCAUGUAGUGCCAGACUGUAAUUAUCCAGUCCCUCUGCAAAUAUAUACCCAAUAUCAAUGGCUAUAGAAUUUCCAGUUUCAAUAGACGUUUCACUUUUAGGGCUAUAACUGACUGUAUAAUAUUAUUAGCACAAAUGUAACAUUCCGAAAUAAAAUCGAACAUUAGUGCCAUUUUCCAGAGAAUUGUCGUCAUGCAUGUAAUUAUUAAAUGAGGAAUUGUUAAAGUUGUUUAAUGACACAUCGCUAAGCAGUGCAAUAAAUGAUGCAAGAGUGA